CUAGCCGAUCCUCUUAGCUAGCCGAUUGCCGGUGUGUUUGUGUGUGGUUUGAUCUAGUAGCCGAAAAACGUACGUGUGUGUUUGUUUCGUUUUAUACUCACCGAUGCAUCAAUCCAUCAAUCAAUUGCAAUCGACUGCCACUUUCCUUGUCUGGCAAUGUCUGCAUAGAUUGCCACAUUCACACUGGUCAUGCGACCUCCUGUCAGUGAUUCUCGGCGCCUCAUACUCACACGCAUUGUGGGUAUGAGGGAGGGACAAUGAGUGUAAUGACUCAAUCCGAUCGAUUGAAACCAUCACGAUCCAUAAGUCAUCACAAAUGUUGGCACACAUCACAUCACAUGUCAUGAUGCGCCCGGUUGUCUCAUGACACUCCUCCUGACAAGGACAAUCCUCGUGGCUACCUGAAUACGAUCACAAAGUGAGCCAGCCUGACACACACAUACACUACGAUCACAUGAGUGAGGCUUGUAUGUGUUGUGAGCCUGACUGCCUGUAUGUCUAUCUGUGUGUAAGCGUCCCCGCCGCCUUUUUGUCACGAUGACAGGCUCCUCACAUGCAAAGACAAAGACAGAGAAUCCAUUUGGGCGAGAAGGUGACACUAUGACACGGUGCUGACAGACAGACACACCAUCCAUCCAUCCAUCCAUCUACACGCCACGGUGCCCGUGUUAUUGUCAGGCUCACCUUUGAGAGAAGCCAACCCUUCCGUGCACGGCGGCGAGUCGAUAGCCCUACACAACACAGAAACAUCAACCGACACCAAGGAUGGAUAAAUGGAUGGGUGGGUGGUGUGUCUGUUGUGUAUCAGAACCAACUUGUGGUGUGUGAGGACAAGCCGCUGUAUCUCGCCAUCCGCCCCCUCCGGGCGUGCGAGUCAUUGAUCCUGCAGGCCACCUUCUCAUUCAGCACGACGACCAUACAGCAGGCCGCCCACCAGGGAGAGCCGGGUGUGGGUGGUGGUGUCUUGAGGGGUUGCUGGCUGUGCUCGAAUGGAUGCCAUCUGUCAAUUAUCUCUCCUCGGGAGGGAGGGACCGAUUUCUCGCUGGAGGGCGGAUCUAAGGAAUCCGUUAAGCGGAGGUUGUCGAGGGCAUCACGGUGACUCUUCUGAGCCUCACAUUGCCCAUUGAUUUGAUCUCAUUUCGCCUCCCCGGGGCGAUCUCGCAUCUGCGUGAAACUGUCACUUGUCCUAACUCGCGAUCUUGGCUUCGCACCCUGUCGGUCCUCUAUUGAAGUUUGAUCAGUGCACCCACCCGGUACUUAUUGGGGAAACAUUAGGCGACCCCCCAAAUCCAACUACACCGGGAGCCAGCUGCGGAGGCCUCACCCGCGAGACCCCAUGCUUCGGUGAGGGAAAGCCUUGGUGCUGACGAAGCUUGCCCGACAACCAAGAGGAUGAGGGGAUGAAUGCGCCGUCGACGUCGACGACAGGACGAAGUGAAGCAAGGGUGCGGAUGACAAAGAUCUGACUCAUCAUCGCGGCGCGGUGAGCUGAACUCCAAGACAAGCCGAUGGGGAUUAGACGUGGACGUUCCGGGAGAAAAUAACGUGAAGGGAGCAGCCGAUUGCAAGCUUAGCUCGCGGACGAAGGCGACGGAAAGGAGAAGGGGGAACGAUAGACGUUCGUGUGUUGCGGCUAAAUUGCGUUUGUCUCACGGCAUGCAUCAUUCAUUUGUCCCCAUAAUUUGUUGUCUGCUCGUGUGGUAGAUGGAAGGGAUACAAUUGCUGUCCGUCGAGUGCAUGAUCAUGCAUGUGCGACCACUCUGCCGGUCUGCGCGUCGACGGGCCCGCUCAUACGAGGCAAAAGAGGCCUGCAGACAUGCAGACAUUCAAAGACAACCACAUGCAUCGAUGGACAGACACUUCUUGCCUCCGCGUGUCUCACUGACUUGGUCGGAGCAAGUUUGGGCAGUGCGGUCACUGCAGAUGCCGCCGUCUCAGCCUCUGUCGGCCACUGACACACACACACAGAGACACAAAGGUAUGCACGGCACAUGAAGACAGACAACUCAUCUGUGUGUGUGAAUAUUGACCUCGAGGCGACAUUUGGCAGCGAAGAUGGCUUUGGUCUCGUCGUCAAACAUCGAGAAAUCUGCGACAGGUCACAAGCUGUGUUGUGCCUGUAGAUCAGUUGGCUGACUGACUGACUGACUGACUGUCAGUGACUGACCCAUUGCCGGCGGACAGAUGCCUCUGUAAUUUGACGGAGCGAUGCAGAGAGUCCCUCCCACGUUGGUCCAUGUUUGGGGGCAGGUGGCCUCCCAAUCGCGGCGGGGGGACGACACGCACGACCACUCUGCUCGACUGCACGAACACAGACACAGACGAUGCGCUGCUCUCGUCUCGAUAUGUGUGUACGUGUUUGCUUUCACCAUUUCCAUGCGAACGUCUCUUUGUCGAUUGGUGUGGCGGCGGUGAGGUCGGUGGCGCGACAGAAGCCGUCAUAGCUGUCCGGCGGAGAACACACACCGUCGUCAUCCGUCCACUGCAAUGGACACGUGGGCGAGUAAUCUGCAAGGUAGGACGGACAGACAGACAGACAGACAGACCGUCAGUGUAUCAUGAGUGGGUGCGGUGUGAGUGACAGAGACAUUGACCGACCUCGGCUGCACUGUCCGAUGAACCAGUACUUGUUGAGGAGCUGGGCGGCGAGUUGCUGUGCGCGUGAGUCGGCCUCCUCCUUGACGAGCUCCUCUGUGCGCUGCGAGCGGGCAUACGACACACCCUGAUUAAUGACCAUAUGACCACACGCACAGACGCGGAGACAUGUCACUCAUCGAUCAUCUGUGUUCGACUCUCUCUCUCUCUCUGUGUGCGAGUGUACGUCUUGUGCGAGUGUUGCGAGCUCGUGUGCGCUGGGUCCUGUCAAUUGGAGGCCGUUCAGCCCACCCACAGGCACCUUUGGCAUCGGAAUGGGCGAGAUGAGUCCGAGGAUCUUGGGGAAGCCGCUGAUGAUCUUCAUCGCUUUCCCAAAGCCCUCUGGUGCUGCUGGCGGGGCCUGCCCCACAGACACUGACUCGAAGCGCAUAGCGGUCGGCAGCUUUGCAGCAUGGUGAGCACUGCAAACACAGAGAGAGACACACACCCAGUGAGAUACAGAGGUGGAAUGAGACACGUGUGUGUGUGUCUCAUUUACCACAGCCGCGCGGUGGCCGGCCACACUAGUGACAGGGCGACCAACACGACGGUGUGCAU